UAGAGUCGCGUCCUUUUACUGCGUGCCAAUUGUUUAUAUUUUGUAAGAAAAAAGUUAAAAAAUGUCAAAUUUAAGAUUAACUCAGGAAAGACUUGAUGCUUUACGCUCAGAGUACCGGCCACGGAGGCCUUGCGCCCAGCUCAAGUAUCCAAGACCCAAAACAAAGCCAGAAUACCAAUCAAUAUAUCCAUGGCUCGUGCCGGACGAGACCGAUCCUCAUUUUGUAUUCUGUGCUGUAUGCGAAUGCAGGCUGAGUGCUAAGCGCUCGGAUCUGGGCAAACAUGAGGGCAGCAUGAAACACUCUGAGAAUGCCCAGAGAAAAGCCAAAAUGAAGCAGGCUAAAAGGCAAUGGAAUUACAAUGAUGAUGAUGAGGCUAUGUUGCCCUUUGAAGCCACGAACAAUGAGAACGACGACGACGAGGAUGAUGAAGAAGAAGAGUCAGCUGAGGCGGAUGGUGAUGAGGCUGAUCCUCCAGCAGACGAAGACGAUGACGGUGAAGGGGAGCCGCCACUAAAACAGCAAAGGCGUGAUUCGGAGUCAGACUCACAACAUUCCGGCAUGUUGGACUAUCUGCCACUUCACGUGUCAAUUAAUGAAAUGCCGCAUUGCCAGCUGUCAGGAACUGGGGUAAUCCCACCGCCGCCUUCGACAACGCCAUGCCGUAUUACCAUAAAGAAGAUAGCCGCUCCAUUGGCAAAGAUGGCCAGCACAGCGGCUGAAGGAGCAGCAGCAUCUGCAGCGUCAAUACCAAUAGCUGGGCAGUCGAAUGAGAUCAGCUCAAAGGCGACUAUAACGCCCAUAGCAUCCACCGUCACUUCUUUUACCACAAGUCCGCGUCAACCAGAAACGUGUGCAUCUCGGCAAUUGACAGUGCCCUACCAAUACCAGUCACAGCAGCGCGGGUCUCUUGAACUCUUUUUCGAUAGCAUUUGCGCUACAGUCAAAUCCCUUCCUCCAAAGCUGGCUACGGAGGGUAAAAUACGCGUAAUGCAACUAAUUGGUGAGCUGGAGUUGCGCGCUAUCAGCGAGCAGGAGGAAACCCCUGGCGGCCCCCCUGCCCUAGAUCUCUUAGCUUCUGCUGCUGCCGGAGCUCCCGAUGGACCUGGCUCUAGUCAGCAGAUUGCCACGGUGGCUUCCACUACAAAGUGACGUGGAGCAUCGCCGUCCUCCUGAUUGCACUCUGGAACCAGUUCAAAACGUUGCUCAUGCCCUUGACAGAAGGAACGGGAUGGCUGUAAUCCGGUCACGCCUCUGGAACACCUCAAUAAAGUGGCUGGCGAUUCGUCAAUGUCUAGGCUAACAUUACAUUAGCGAUUGAUUAAGAAAAGACCAUUUUUAAAAAUAACAAUUAAUUACACUUUAUCAUUUAAAAAAAGAAGGCUGCUGACAAGUUAGAAAUACAUAUAAAUUAUGAUGCGCUUAUGUGUAAAAAGAAGUGUGAGCAUAGAUUGAUUUAUGAGACCUAAAAGGCCGGUUUUCCCUCCAGCAUAGCCUUGCCGCAAUAGAAUGGGAACUGCACGCCCUGAAGUAAUAUAUCUGCAAUGCCCUAAAUAAAAUGAAAUGUUAAAAGUUGUGAUUAGAAAAAUUCAACUAAAAACAGAACGAACAUUUCACAUGGAUAUUUA